AUGAUGCAAGUCCACGAUUACACCUUUCUUUUUGGCGUUGGUCUCUUCUUCGCGUUCAUGGACGUCUUUGGAAUUGGCUCCGGUUCAACUACCCUUGCACAGACUUUGAUCAUCGCCUACUUCUGUGGGUUCGGUGGUACUAUGCUGCUCGGUGCCAACACCAUCGAGACCAUCAAGACCAUCGAGGACGAAAUUGUCGGUCCUCAGAUGUACUCUGACAACCCUGAGGUCCUGAUGAUAUUCCUAUUCGCGCCCUCUCGUGGGUGGCCCGUCUCGACAACACACGACAUCUUUGGUGCCAUUACUGGCGCCGGCAUCUCGGCCUUUGGUGGUAGUGGUGUUGCCACCAUGAUUAACAUUUUUUAUAUCAUCCUCAAAGACUCACAGAAGUCCGAUAUUCGCAAGGCUUCGGUCGGCAUCCCCAUUAGCAUCGCUGUCGGCGUUGGCGCUGCUGUAUUUAUCUGGUACUUCUUCUUCUUCCUCCGUCCCUACCUCCGUCGCAAGAUCCAGGACAACGAGGACCUCAAAUGGUACCACUUUUUCAUCAUCCCCUUUGUCAGCAAGCGUGAAAUGGCCACCAUCAAUCCGAAGGAAAUGUUCCAGCUCGGGAUGAAGGCCGGCAAGGCGGAUACCACUACUAGAUCUGAUCUGGAAGACGGACAGGUCCGUCCCUCGCUUAUCAGCCUUGAAAAAAAAGACAAAACUUUUGCUCAGCGACUCAAGAGCACAGUCUUUGCUGGUCUAUAUCACGACAUCAACACCACGAACGAGAAUAAGAAUGUGGAUGAGACCCAUGCCCAUGCCACGAAGUUCGACAAUGACGCCGAGCGCCUCUUCUUCUGGCUCAAGUCAUCACUGCCCGCUUCCCAUUCUUUGCGUACGGGCCAAACGAUGUUGCUAACGUUAUCGGCCCUCUCGUCACUAUCUAUUACAUUUGGAGCAUAA